UAAUUUCUUACCAAGAUGUGACUCCCGGGGAAGCGAUGCGGCUUAACUGUAAUAAACUAUAAAAGCAUAAAGACAAAAUCAAUAAAAAGAGGUGUAAGUGUCACAGCUAUAAUUUGCAAAAGGCAUUAUCUUUUACACCAACAAAAGUGAAUUAGAAAUUAUAGCACAAGCACAGACAACGCCGACAAGCACUCACGUAAAUAAAAUGAUUUUAAAGAAAGUUACAUCAGCACAAUGAGACGCACCUGCCAGCACAGCCCCGGUGUGCAAAUGUCGAAUGUUAGUUGGCGUCGCCGACGACGAUUCUUUAAGUUAUUUUUGCAAUUGCGCAUCUAUCCAUUAUUCCGAUUAUUUCCGGUAUUGUGGUUGCUUUUGUGUUACUGCUGUUGUUGCUGUCACGGUGAACACAGGCGGCACGUCGUGGAGCACAGCGUUAAGCUGAGUAAUUGCUAUGACAUUCGAUACGGCUUUGAUGGGGCGCUAACCGGCACUGCACCAAAGCUUUUAUUACCUGCAGCCAAUAGCUCUAAUAGUGGUAACAGCAGCGCUACUACCAAUGCAAACAUGAGCACCACAGUUAGUGAUCUGUGGACACAACACCAGUUGCAGCUACAAAAUCGUUCCGAUAUGGACGUGCAAGGCUUCAGACCAGCGCCGGCUAUGCACACAGGCUGGCAAUGUUGCUGUUGGAAUGCAACAAAUCAAGAUGAAAUUGAGUGCCAUUGUGAGGGAGAGGCGUUAAUGCGCGUGCCGCAAACACUUACAGUGCCAGUACAAAGGCUUAGCAUCUCGUCGGCAGGAUUGCCGCGGGUACGUACAACUGGCCUGAAGAAGUAUUCUGCUUCAUUGCAGGAUUUUGUUCUAACAGACUUGCAACAUCUGGAGUGCAUCGAGGAUGGCGCCUUCGACGGCCUCAAGUUGCUGCGCACCAUUUACAUUUCGCAUGCCCCGAAACUGAUGUUUCUGUCACGUGAUGUUUUUCUUGGCAUUUCGGAAACUAUUAAAACCAUACGAAUUAUAAAUAGUGGGCUAAUAAAGGUUCCGGAUUUGCGGCAUAUUCCACCUGCCAACAUUUUACAAAUGAUUGAUCUCGACAACAAUCAAAUAACUCGAAUCGAUAAGAAUUCCAUCAACCUCAAGACUGAUCAACUAAUUUUAGCAAAUAACGAUAUACGUUAUAUUGAUGAUUCCGCCUUCUUUGGCUCACAAAUUGCAAAACUCAUUUUAAGACAGAAUCGUAAUCUGCGGGAGGUUCAUCCAACUGCGUUCAACGGAAUAAGCAUGCAUGAGUUAGAUCUUUCUAGCACAUCAUUGGUGAGUUUACCUCCGGUGGGCUUGCAGGACAUUGAGGAAUUACGCAUUGAAAACGUACACACACUCAAAACUAUUCCAUCCAUAUACAACUUUAAGAAUUUACAAAGAGCUUUCUUGACACAUUCCUUUCACUGUUGCGCAUUCAAAUUCCCCUCGCGCCAUGACCCUAUUCGUCAUGCUGAACGAUUGAAAGAAAUUGAAAAGUGGCAGCAGCGCUGCAGAAAGAAUGUUAACGAUAAUGCCAGUGUCAGUGCCAGCUGGUUGGGCAUGGCCACUGGAAGUGGAAUCAAUGAUAGUUUAGAUAAGAUGGUGAGAGCAACAGAGACUGAGAACGAUGAGGAUGAUGGUCAAGUUUGGAGUGCGAAUGCAGGUGGACUGCAUCCAACGCAUGGCAGUGGAGUUUUUUACAGCAGUUUGGCGCGGACCGAAUUCGUUGUGAACAAUAAUGAGAACGAGACUGAGACGGAGGAGAGUGACUACCCUCCUGUGGAAGACUACAUCUCGGAGUCGAUGAUAAAAGAAAUUGGCAUAUUCCAUGAAGAGAUUACUAUAAAUCCAGAUGUAAUUCAACUUGACGAGUAUUGUGGGAAUUUUACCUUUAGAAAACAUGACGUGGAAUGCUACCCCAUGCCGAACGCUCUUAAUCCCUGCGAAGAUGUCAUGGGCUAUCAGUGGCUGCGUAUUUCCGUCUGGAUCGUCGUUGCCCUGGCUGUGGUGGGCAAUGUUGCCGUGCUAGUUGUUAUUCUAUCGAUAAGGUCUGAAAGUCCAUCCGUGCCACGUUUCCUGAUGGGUCAUUUGGCAUUCGCAGAUUUGUGUUUGGGUUUGUAUUUGCUGUUAAUCGCCGCCAUCGAUGCACAUUCAAUGGGAGCUUAUUUUAAUUACGCCUAUGAUUGGCAAUAUGGCGCUGGAUGUAAGGUUGCUGGCUUUCUGACUGUUUUUGCAAGUCACUUAUCGGUCUUCACUUUGACGGUCAUCACCAUCGAACGUUGGAUGGCCAUUACGCGUGCCAUGCACUUGAAUAAACGCAUUAAGCUCCGAGCUGCCAGCUUUAUAAUGGCCGCUGGCUGGGUCUACUCUAUUGUGAUGUCACUGCUGCCGCUCUUUGGUAUCAGCAACUAUUCGUCGACAAGCAUCUGCUUGCCGAUGGAGAUACGUGAUCCCAUCGAUACGGUGUACUUGGUGGCAAUUUUGGGCUCGAACGGUGGCGCCUUUUCCAUCAUAACGAUUUGCUAUGCUCAAAUCUAUCUGUCCCUGGGCGAAGAGACGCGUCAUGCACACAGCACACAUCGAGGCGAAAUGAGCAUUGCUAAAAAGAUGGCUUUGUUGGUCUUCACCAACUUCUCUUGCUGGGCGCCCAUUGCAUUCUUCGGUCUAACAGCACUCGCCGGCUAUCCAUUGAUAAACGUAACUAAGUCGAAAAUUCUCUUAGUCUUCUUCUACCCCCUAAACUCCUGUGCUGACCCUUAUUUGUAUGCCAUACUGACAUCACAAUAUCGUACGGAUCUCUUUGCUCUACUCUCAAAAAUUUUCCCUUCCAGAUUUGGCAUUUGCAAGAAUAGUGCACUGAAGUAUAAGAAUAGUCUUUCGGCACCGCACACCACCAAUGUCACUGUGCACGGCUCCAGUCUACAACAUCGGAGUUCUUCCUCGGCCAGUAGGCAGCCGGAGUUGCAAUUAAUGCUGAAAAAUCAUGAGGACUUUGUUUGAAUUUACGAUGAGCGUGAGACGAGACAAAAGCUUGUGUAGGCACUCAUUUGCAUGCAUUAUGCGCGCACGAACAGAAAUAUCCACAUAUUCCAUUGCACUUAAUGAAUCAGUUUUGCUGAAAAUUGAAUAGCUGUAUGAAGGUGUUUGUGCCUUUCAACGUCGGCAGGACAUGACUAAAGCAGUGGCAUCGAUUCAAUAUUCCCGUAUUAUAAUAUGAGUACAUAUGUAUACUAAAUGUGUGCAUGUAUAUGUGUGUUUGAUGUUAUUGUAAAUACUAAUAAGUAAUAAUACCCAUUAAUGAAUACCCAACAAACACUGAGGGUUGAGCACAACUUGACGCUUGAACUCAUUCUCGCCUGAAGGUAUGCAGAGAGUUGCGUUUUUUGUUUUUUUGUCAUUUCAUUUGCCGAGCAGAUCGCUGCAUCUCUCAAAGGGCUUAUAGCGUGAGAAACUUGAAGGGCGCACUGCGUGCAUACUAAAAGCAUGACGACUGCUCACACUCGCAUCGCAACGAGAAGUUCUUCCAACAAGAGCGACUUUAGGACUUACGAAGCCUGAGUAAUGUCUCUAACUGUGGCUAGUCGCAGGAAGGGUAGUAAUUGAAAGAAAUAUUCUGCGAAAAAUUUUUGGAUCUAGCACUUCGGCGAUGGUGAGUAUCGCAGGCGAUGUAACGAUGAGCUGUAUGAGUUUUACGAUGACAUAGACAUAGCGCAGCGAGUAGAGAUACAACGGCUUCGUUGGCUGGGUCCUGUCGUACGAAUGAAUACAAAGGCUCCGGCUCUGAAAGUAUUCGAUACGGUACCAGCUGGUGGUAGCAGAGGAAGAGGCAUACCUCCACUGCGUUGGAAAAACGAGGUGAAGAAGCACUUGGCUUUACUUUCUGUGUUUAACUGUUGCCGGUUAGCAAGAGAAUAGAAUAUAAUAGACUAGCGCGGCUUAUUAAACUCAUCAAAAAUCGCGUCAGCGGUUAUCGCGCCAAUCAAAAGAAGAAGGCUACUCAUACCACACAGCUGUGCGCUACCAAACCUUAAAUGAACCCGUAAAGGAGUUUGCUGAGACGCUCACUCAAUCCUCGGUUCCGCCACAAUUGGAGAAAGAAAAAGGGGACACCCGAGGAAAAGGUGGCUAGAAGAUGUGGAGGCUGAACUUAGGAAAAUGCGCGUGCAAUGUUGGAGGGAAGUGACUGUAAAUUGAGAUCGAUGACAAGAAGCUGUGAAUUACUUCCUUCCUUCCACCAAGGACUGUGACGCUAAGAAGAAGAAGAAGAAGAACAUUGUUUCUGAACAGUACCUCAAGUGGAUAAUCAUUGCUUAGUAGGAGAGAAAAAGUUAGUUAUCAACUUGAACUCGAAUGUAAUUUUCAAAUUGGUCUCAAACAUGCCAUUGAAAUACUAAAAUUAAAAUUGUAAAAAAAUGUGAACUCUCUAAAUGAAAUAACAUUUUUUUCCCCCUUGUUCACUCCUCUCGGGGGCAUAUGGCUUCGACAAGACUUGUGGUGCUGCGUUGGUUUCGUUAAUCUUAUUGAUCUCUGACAGGGCAGGUGAUUAGCUUGACGCUACCAGUCCUAAGUAGUGGGAGUGCUCACCUGUCGUUGCUUAGGAACAACACCUUCUUACUGCUCGGAGCGCCAUCUGUGUGUCACAUUUUUCUGGCAGAAGGAUCGCACAGAUGGUUGAGGCCUUCGCUAAAGUGGUGUGUUUGCGCUAUUACCGUGGCACCACUUGAAGCAAUGUGUAGCUGUGUGCUUUUCUUUGUUUUUGCUUGUUUUUAUCAACCCCAAUGCAAAUCAUGCACUAACUACUGUGCGGGGGUAAGGAUGUAAAAGAUGGAAAGGAUAAGUUUUUGGGUUUGAGGAUUGAGAUUUUUGGUUUUUUUUAGAAUCAGGGAAAGUAGGUAAAUUUGGAAAAGUGCGAGGACCGUGCUUUACGCGGGAUUCGAAUCUAUAACCUCUGGGAAGGCAGGCAAAUUCACUUACGCUAGACUACCGAGACCGCUGAAAUAACGUAGAUAAAUAUAUGUAAACAUUUUUAUUUCAUUUUUUUGCUUACGCUUUGCCAAUGCUGCCACUUGGUAACAUAACUUUGUCGCAUAACUUCGCACAACAAAUUUAAAUUUAACGGACGGCCAAUUUUUGAAUUUAAAAUUUAUAUGAAGUUGGGUGGAAUAUUCAUAAUCAGGUCUUUAGAUUAGAGGUGAGUUGGAGAAUUAUUGUGAAUAGCAACUUGAGAGCUACAAAAUUCUGCAAGGUAAGAGAUGAGUUAAGGAAUGAUGUUGCAUGUCAAUUCGAGAGUUAUGUAUUUCUCCAAGAAGAUGAGUUCAAGAAUGAUUUUGGGUAUUAACUUCAGAACUACGAAAGUCUCCAAGGUUAGAGAUGAAUUGGAUAAAGAUAUUGAAUAUCAACUUAAGAACUGCAAAAUCAUUCACGGUUGGUAAACAUUUUUUUGGUGUUUGUUGGGUAUCUACAUGAAUUU